UGUUUUAAAGGCCUGUGUCGCGUGUCAAAAUAAAUUCCGAUUUCAUAUAUUUUAAAUACCAAUCAUUAAAAAAAUAUUUGAACUAUAUAUAUAUUUUAAAAAUUUUAUUUCGUUCAUACUUAAAAGAUGUCAACUAGUUUUGCAUGCAAAGAUUCUUUUUUAUCAUUUGAAGAUUUAAAAUCAACUACUAAGAAAUAUGAAGAUUCUCAUUUUGUGCAGUUGUGGAUUCGUGACGCCAAAACAAUUAAAGCUGCUAGAAAAACCAUUCCAAGAAUAGCUGCUAUAAUAGCUCCACAGAUAAAGUAUUACUAUAUAAAGUAUAGCUGUAUAUAUAUGGUGGAAAAAAAUUUACAAAUAAAGGCAAUGGAAAACGUCAAACUUCGACUUAUAAGAAAGAGUGUCCAUUCUUCUUAAGUUUUAAAGCAUCAGAAGAUAGGCAAACAUUAAUUUUGUAAGAUUUAAAACAUAAUCAUAAUCAUGAAGUAUCUGAAGUAAGUUAUAAUUACUUAUAAUAUUUAUGAUAAAAUGUUCUUAAAUAUGUGAAUUAAAUUCUUGAAAUAUCCUGCAAUCUAAUUUUGUGACUAAUAUUUUAAUCAAAUUUUGUGACUAAUAUUUUCUAGAAAGGUAUUGUGGUUAGUAACCAUGUUAGAUUAUAUGUUGUAUAUAUUUUCUUGAUUAUAAUAAAUAAAAUAAUUGCUUUUAAAAAUAGAUUUUGUAUAAGCACUUACCAAAUCAAAGAAAACUUCCUAAUUAUGCUGUUGCAAAAGCAGAAAACUUGUUACGCUUAAAAGCUACUUCAACGUGAAUUGUCAAAGGAGACUGUAAAAAUGAUAACUCUUCGUGACUUAUCAAAUAUUGCUGCUUCUGCACACAAAAGUGAUACACGAAAUAGUUUAACAAGUUUUGUUAAGACUUCAAAGGAAAAAUACAUUAAGAAAGUCAUAAAACAAAAGUUUUUUUUGUAAAGAAUUAUAUGUUUUAACGGAUGCCGAAGAUAAUUUACAAGGGCUUUUUUUCCAAGAUAUUUCAAUGCAUAGCGCUUACAAUGCAUAUCCUGAAUUUUUAUGCAUGGAUGCAACAUAUUGUUAGAAAUUCGUCUGCCAGUAUAUAUUCUGCUAUGCGAAGAUGGAGCUGGUGAAAGUGAAAUAGCCACUGUAGGUUUGCUAACACAUGAAGAUGCUGCAUCUCUCAAUUGGUUCAUUGAAAGAUUUAAGAGUUACAAUAUUUCUUGGCCAAAGCCAAAUGUCUUCAUGACAGAUAAAGACUUGACAAAGAGGCGUAUUGUGUGGUGCUUUUCCAGGGGUUUCUUCAUUACUCUGUUUAUUUCAUACCUGCAAACUUUUAGUCGUGAAAUUACAACUGUCAAACUUGGGAUUACUAGUGGGGAGCGAAUUUCAUCUCUAGAAUUUAUUCAGAAAUUAGCUUACGCAACCUCAGAGGAAAAUUAUGACGAGUUGUAUAGACUAUUUGUUUCAUCAGCUUCUUCCACUGUUAUAGACUAUUAUAACAACAAUUGGCAUAAUAUUAGUGAUGAGUGGGUUUUUGGUUUGAAAUUUGUCAGUGGCAACCUCAUGAAUAGCACCAAUAAACGUCUAGAAAAUUUCAAUGGAAAGUUAAAAGAAGUUAUUGACUACAACAGCUCGUUAAAAGACUUCCUUGGUAAAUUCUAUGUUGUUUUAACAUCUAUGCGUAAUGAAAGGUAUCAUAAGACAAUUUUCCAAAUGCAAAAAGUUUCUAUUGAUGUAUUUGAUCCCAAUUCUGCUGAAGCAGCUUAUAAAAAUUUUUUGACAUCGUAUGCUGCUCAACAUGUUCUAAAGCAGAUGAGCUUGUUUAAAGAAGUUACAUUAUUACCAGGAGAACAUGGCCAAUUCAUAGCGAACAGCCAUGAAGGUAUUCAUACAGUGACUUCAAAUUUUUGUUCUUGUAUGUUUCAAAAGUCAAUGAAUUUACCAUGUCGUCACAUCUUUGCAGCUCACCAGAUGCUUGGGAUAAAUUUGUUUGAUACUGAAUUGUGUUCCGAGAGGUGGACAUUACAGUACUAUUGUCGACAUCAACGAGCCUUUGAUACCCCAGUCAUGGUUGAAAAGUGUGCAACUGUAGAUUUUCAUGUCGCUCCAAAAAUUAAAGUGUAUUCUCAGCAUGAGAAAAUUAAACUUGCCGUACAAGAGACAUCAUUUCUUGCUACUCUUGUAUCUGAAUUCACAGGUCAGACACUUGAGCAGCGUCUCAGUCUUUUGCGAGCUUUAAGUAAAGGUUGGGCAAAUGGAAAGGUCAUGGUAAUUAAUGAACUUAUUGAAGAAGAUGAUUUAGUAACAUCUAAAAAAAUAUCUAAACAAGCGGGAACAUCAUCAAUACCAGCAAAAUUAAUUGUUUCUGAUGCUGUUAAUUUAACGUUUUCUGCAGUUUGAACAGGUAGCUUAAUUGACUUACCUAUCAGUGUUGAUGUAUCAACCUUACCAGCGAGUAAUUGUUCAACAAAUGCUUAUUCUAUUACGAGUGCAUCUAAAAAUGUCGUCAACACAAUUUCAAUUAAUUCAUUAAGAUGUGCAGCAAAUGUGAACAGUGAAGUCACUUUAAUAGCUCCAUAAGUACUUAAUAAAAAAAGUUUAUCUGUGGCACAGGUAGGUGCCCAAUAUGAAACUUUAAAUAACAACUAUUUAUCAGAGCAAGCUGAAAUUGUAGAAAAAGCACCAUAUCAGCAAGAAGAGUUGACAUCUGGGAGGAGUAAUGCAGAUGCAGGUUAAAUUAUAGAUUUGUUGCAAUGUUCUUGUAAUUAUGUGCUUAGUAUAAUAUCGGUAAAACAUAAAGUAAAUUGUUUCUAGACUUCAAUAACCAUAGUUUUAUUGUUUUUGAAACCAGAUGAUGUCCGUAAAGCUCUUUCUGGCAUACUUAUACAGAGUAAUUGCAUAGAAAAAAGAGUGAAUUGUAUUUCUUCAGCUGUUCUUGAUGAAAGUGCACUUGGAUCUCUUUUGUCUCUGCAAUCAUAUUUUACUUCAGACGGGUGUAAAGUGCUUAAUAAAAUAAUUGAUAUCAAAUCUCAGCAACGAAUUUGGCCUUGUGCAGUGUGCCAAAAAAGUAUAUCUGUGGGCAAUGACAUUGGGGGCUCAAUAGCGUGUGGUUCCUGCCUUUUGUAGUUUCACAAAAAAUGUGUUGACAAGAAAGAGGCUUGGUGUAUUAAAUCAAAAUAUUGGUUUUGCCGCUUUUGCUAAAUUGUUUUAAGAAUGAUGUGCAAUAGUUAUUUUAUUUUAUUUUACUUGGUAUUAAAUGUUUUACUUUAUAUUUACUUUUUGUGUCUGAUCUGUUUUAAACAUUUUUGCAAAUGAGUAAGUAGCAAUAUUUGUAUUCAGUUUUAAUAUUUUUUAGGAUGCCAAAUUGUGUUUAAUUUCCCAACUGUUAUUAGAAGUAUUAUUAUUAUUAUUAAUAAUAAUUGUUAUUAUUUUUUAUUUUUCAAUCCUUUAAAUAUUUCCAAAAUUUGCAAUAAUGUCCAAUUUGGUAUAAGAUAGUCAAGUUACAGAUGAUUGGGUAUGAGCAUGUAGGACGCUAAUACGCUUCAUGAUAAUGACAAUCAUAAUGAUGAUCAUAAUGAUGGUGAUGAUAAUGAUGAUGAGGUUAUGAUGACUUAGUUGCUUAUUUUUUCAAGCUGAUGAAAUUUUCUUUUGUUGUUUAUAAUAUGUUUUUAGUUUUAGAAAUUUGACUUAAGCUAAGCUAUUGCCUUGACUUUUUGUUAUUAAUAUAGGUUUUACUAUUUUAUAAGCUGGUUAACUAUUACCACUAUUUAAUGAAUGUAAAUAAGUUGAAAAAGUUGUGUGAAAACAAUUUAGACUGCUUGAUUUUAAAUAACUUAAAAAAACCUAUUAAAAUU